AAUGGUUGUUGCUAUGCAUUAGUUGCAGAGGAACAUGCAUGCAUUUGACUUUUAGCAGUGUAUAGUGAGACUGAAUAGCCGACGACUGUCUACAUUUUCACACCGUCUAUUGUUGCUUUUAUAUUUCUCAACUUUCUUUCUUGUGUUAUUCAGCCGUUUAACCAAAACCACAGUCAGCAAUCUCACAAUACCUGGGAUUGAUGAUGCACGCGGACCAAUAGGAGAGGGGCCACGGCACGCGGAUUGUUAUUUGAUGGGUGAACGUUGGUAGGGGGAUAGGGCCUCCUCCAAUGAGUGUCUGAGUACCGGGUCACAUGUUGUCCCCCCCCCAAACCAUUCCUCCCCAUUCAUCAGGGGUGGACUGUGUUGUCUUUUCAAUUCAUUUAUCUGCAGGAAUGAUUGCGACUAUCAGUCUGAAGCUCACCGCUUGACUGGGGAGGUGAAAGUUUCGCCACAGGAAGAGAAACCGCAAAAUACAAUAUUGUAGCCUCCGUGAUUCGCGUGUGGAUCGGAUGAGAGGUAGAACAGGAAACAUUCCUAUCUUGUUUUAGGUAAAUAGAACAUAUGUGGAUUGGAGUUUGCUCAGCUCAGUAAAUUCCGCUAGAUAUAUUUUUGCAUGCAGAGCAGAGAGAGAGAGAGAGGUAUAGAGGUCAGAAGAAUAUCUGUGCAUGAUUUUUAAUUCCUGCUCUCAGUUGCCUCAUUGAGUUGUAGACUGACGGAAGAUGCUGCUGGACGCAGGACCCCAGUACCCCACCAUAGGAGUCACUACGUUUGGCUCCUCAAGGCAUCACUCAACAGGCGAAGUAACAGAACGAGAAGUGGCUUUGGGGAUAAAUCCAUUCGCAGACGGGAUGGGCGCUUUUAAAAUCAACCACAGCUCCCACGACCUUAGCUCCGGCCAGACGGCGUUCUCCUCCCAGGCUCCCGGCUAUGCUGCUGCCGCUCUGGGUCACCACCACCACCCGACACACGUCAGCUCCUACUCCACGGCAGCAUUCAACUCCACCCGGGACUUUCUCUUCAGAAACCGGGGCUUCGGAGACGCAACCAGCGCGCAGCACAGCCUGUUUGCCUCCGCAGCGGGAAGUUUUGCAGGGCCACAUGGACACUCCGAUGCCACCGGGCACCUGCUCUUCCCCGGACUCCACGAGCAAGCCGCCAGCCAUGCGUCAUCUAAUGUCGUCAACAGCCAGAUGCGCCUUGGCUUUACUGGGGACAUGUACGGCCGGGCUGACCAGUAUGCCCACGUUACGAGCCCCCGCUCCGACCACUACGCCUCCUCCCAGUUGCAUGGCUAUGGCCCUAUGAACAUGAACAUGGCGGCUCACCACGGGGCAGGGGCCUUUUUCCGAUACAUGAGGCAGCCCAUCAAACAAGAGCUCAUCUGUAAGUGGGUCGAGCCCGAACAGUUGUCGAACCCCAAAAAGGCUUGCAACAAAACUUUCAGCACGAUGCACGAGCUCGUGACCCACCUGACAGUGGAGCAUGUGGGGGGACCGGAGCAGUCUAACCAUAUCUGCUUCUGGGAAGAGUGCGUCCGAGAAGGAAAACCGUUCAAAGCCAAAUACAAACUGGUAAAUCAUAUCAGAGUGCACACCGGAGAGAAACCAUUCCCAUGUCCCUUCCCCGGCUGUGGAAAAGUGUUUGCCCGAUCGGAAAAUCUAAAAAUCCACAAAAGAACACACACUGGUGAGAAGCCUUUCAAGUGUGAGUUUGAUGGCUGCGACAGGCGGUUUGCUAACAGCAGCGACCGGAAGAAACACAUGCACGUCCACACUUCUGACAAGCCUUAUCUCUGCAAGAUGUGCGACAAGUCCUACACACAUCCCAGCUCUCUACGGAAACACAUGAAGGUUCACGAGGCUACCACGCAAGGACCUCAACCGUCGCCAGCGGCCAGUUCCGGGUACGAAUCGUCCACGCCGCCCACCAUCGUGUCUCCGUCCACAGAGAACCAUAAUUCCAGUUCCAUAUCACCGGCAGCCUCGACAGUACACCACACGACCAGUCACCACACCACGCUGUCGUCAAAUUUUAAUGAAUGGUACGUGUAAAAUAUUUUCACAAAGCCUGCAGAAAUAGGACUGGAAUCAAAGACUUUGAAAGUCAGCCUAUAACGCGAGGACCGAGAAAAAAAAGGAGGAAGCCAAAAUGGUUGGUUAACGGCUAAAGAGAAAGAGAGAGAGAGUGAUGCAUGGACAAGGUGCAAAGCCAGCUACCAAGUUAACGGCUUUUUUCCUGACUCUUUUUUGAAAGACUGCACACAAGAGAUCUCAAUGCAUGCUAUCUGCGGGUCGUGGCCUGAUUUGGUUUUUGUACAUAAAGAUUCCCAGUUCAAAAAUGUAAUAUUUUAUUUUGUAAAUACUUAUAUAACAGUUUAACGGAUUUGUGCAAAUGUGGUCCCUAGAUAUAUGGAAAAUGAAAUGGUUUUACCAAUAAUAUUGCGAUGACUAGUGUUGAUUGAACAGAAUGUUGUAGUUGAUGUGUACCAAAUGUGAAUUACUAAGUAUAACUACCGUCUCCACUAUAUCGACCUUACCGACUAUUAGUCUAUUAAUGUGCUUUUGUAUUUGGUGAAACAUUUCGUCUACGGUCCAGUUGGAGUAGCACAGUACUUACCAUUGCUGUUAGUUAAUGUCAUGUCGAUAAAUCGUGUAUAGUGAAAGCCUGAAACUCCGUGUCGUCUGUUUAUGUAGGCCUUCGUGAUAAAAUAUAACAACUAUUUGUUCAUUACCUUGAUAAUGUCAAGGAACUAUUACCUACAUGUAAAUAGCUAAAUUUUCCAUAUUUAUCUGCAUGUAAAGGGUUAGAAAUGAUCGGUAUUUAUGGAGAAAUGCGCUAGUAUGUAAAAUUUAGUUUGCAAAAAAAUGUUUGGUUACAUUUCGUACUAUAUUAAAGGAUUAAAA